AUGAAGUCGACAACUACAGUACCCCAGAAACGAAAGAAGGAAGACAGCGAUGAUGAGGAUGAUAUUGUCAAAGAUGGCAGCCUCACAUCCGCUGCUGACAAUUUCUUCGAGGCACUGUUUGAGGCCGGUAUCACAUACUGCUUCGUCAACCUAGGGAGCGACCAUCCCGCGAUGUUGGAAGCAAUGAUCAAGGCUAAGCAAGAAAACAAACCCAAUUUUCCGAGAAUCAUUACCUGCCCUUCUGAGCUAGUUGCCCUAUCAGCUGCACUGGGAUAUGCUCAAGCUACAGGGGUUCCGCAAUGCGUAAUUGUGCAUGUCGACUGCGGCACUCUUGCUAUGGGACAGUCCAUACAUAAUGCCUCCGUCAGCAGAGUUCCUGUUUUGUGCUUUGCUGGUUUGAGCCCUUUUACUCAGAAUGGCGAGUUGUUGGGUUCCAGAACUGAGUUCAUCCAUUGGCUACAAGACGUACCUGAUCAAGCAGCGAUUGUUCGACAAUACUGCAGAUACACGGGUGAAAUAAAGACCGGACGCAAUAUCAAACAAAUGGUCUCGCGAGCUUUGCAGUUUGCUACAUCUGAUCCCAAAGGUCCGGCAUAUCUAAUGGCUGCGAGAGAGGUACUCGAGGAACGUGUGGGAAAUGAAUCUCUAGACGGUGAAAUUCUCAGUUCGAUCACCCCAAGUGCAUUGCCAGAGCAAGAGGUAGAAUUGAUUGCCAAGUCGCUGAUGAGCGCAAAGCGACCGCUUGUCAUUACAAGUUAUCUUGGUCGGAAUCUCAAAGCGCCAGCCCUCUUAGCCGAACUUUGUGAUAAACUUCCAAUUACCGUCGUGGAGAUGGUCGGCUCUGACGUUUGCCUCCGGAGUGACCACGAAGCAUAUCGCGGCGUUACCGUCACUACUCAUCCGGAAGUUCUUCAAGCUGAUGUUAUUCUUAUUCUUGAUUGUGAUGUGCCCUGGAUUCCUACUGCUGGAAAGCCUCGGAGUGGGGCAAGGGUAUUCCAUCUAGAUGUCGAUCCGUUGAAGCAACAGAUGCCACUCUUUUCAAUCAAUGCCACUCGCAAGCUCAAGGUUGGCUGUGGAAUUGCGCUUGGGCAAAUCAAUGCCUUCUUGGAUAAACAGGAUAUCGACCGGGCUAAGUAUACCCUGGAGUUUGAGGAGCGGUCAACUAACUACAAAACCUGGAGGGAAACUUUACAAGCACUUGAAUCACCGUCGAAAGAUGGUGUAGUCAGUGUGCCAUAUCUGGCAUCGAGACUGCGAAAGUCUCUCCCCCAAAACACUAUUUACGUUUUGGAGGCUGUAACCAAUGCAGGACACCUCAUCCACCAUUUGAACUUGACUAAGCCGGGAAGUCUGAUUGCCAGCGGCGCAGGUGGUCUAGGAUGGGGAGGUGGUGCAGCACUGGGCGUCAAGCUAGGCAAGCCCGGCUCAUUCAUAUGUGCAAUCGUCGGCGACGGAGUCUAUCUAUUCUCGCAGAUGGAAAGCGUAUAUUGGAUCGCCAGACGCUACAAUAUCCCCUUCCUCCUCGUUGUGCUUAACAAUGGCGGAUGGAACGCACCAAAGGUGUCCGCACUUCUGGUUCACAAGGACGGGUUAUCAUCGAAGUCGAAUAGACGAGAUCUCAAUAUCUCGUUCGACCCUUCUCCCGAUUACCCCGGUAUCGCUGCUGCAGCAGGUAAGGCGUGGGGUGCGACAGUUACCACGCGAAGCGAGCUUGAUCCUGCUAUCAAACAGGCAACAGAAGUUGUUCAAAGUGGGAAAUGUGCUGUGGUUGAGGUUUCUGUUCCGUCUAUGUGGAAAGAGAACUAG